GAGCUAAAUUUGGACGAAUCUAUUGGUAGUCGAUUGUCUAGGUAACUCGUAUGACUCACGAUUUUGCCUCUGACUGGAAUUUCACCUUUCACUGGAUGAUAAUCGUUCCUGUGUGACUAAUUUUCUUCUGUGUUACAUAUAUUCACCAACGAGGAUUAGAAUAGUCGUUAUUUGUUUUUUGGGGAAUUCACUGUAUGCCUAUCUAUCUGAACGAACUUCUGUCGGUGUCCCAGUUUGGUCUUUGCCAACGCCCAGCGCCAGCUGCCCAUCUACGGUACGGUACCACGGUAUAGUCGGAGGGAAUUCCCUGCGUUAUAGUUAACCAGCCGGUGCGAGCUGAACCGCGUUCGGGGCACUGAUCUCUCUCAGUGGCCGGUUCGCACUUCGGGGUCCUCCUCCCAGGAAAGACGAUACAGAAUAAUUACAGAACCGCUCUGACUCCUAGCACUCAACGUAAACUGCAGAGCAGAGAGGAAGGCAGGUUGUACUGUUGUCCUGUGGUUGACUGAGUCAUUUAUCCAAAAGCUGACACACUUCAAAGAGAUGGCGGCAAGAGGUAAAAAGAAAUUUGGGGGAGUGAAAUUCAAAUUUGAUGAAUCCAGUGUACCAAAGCGAGAGGAGAAAAAACCACCAGGUGGACUGGACAACAAGGCUACUCUAACAGUAAAUGGAGUUGAGUUUCAUGUUUAUGCGAGAGAUAUGACUGUGAUUGAGAACCUAGGAAGAGGGGCUUAUGGCAUUGUAGACAGAGUUAGGCAUGAACCAAGUCAAUCUAUCAUGGCUGUUAAGAAAAUCCGAGCUCAAGUAAACAGUACAGAGGAUAAGAGGAUAUUGAUGGACAUGGAUGUAGCUAUGAGGAGUUCAGAUUGUCAAUAUACGGUUGAGUUCUACGGUGCUCUCUUUCAAGAGGGAGAUGUAUGGAUCUGUAUGGAAGUUAUGGAUACAUGCCUCGAUAAACUCUAUAAGAACAAACUCAAACCUCAAGAAGUAUAUAUACCUGAAAAUAUAUUAAGCAGGAUAUCAUUUUCUAUUGUUAGUGCUCUGAGGUAUCUACAGACGAGACUAAAAGUGAUUCACAGAGAUGUGAAACCAUCCAAUGUACUAGCUAAUCGUGACGGCAAAAUCAAAUUAUGUGACUUUGGAAUCAGCGGACAAUUAGUCAACUCAAUGGCCAAAACACAAGACGCAGGUAGCAGACAGUAUAUGGCACCAGAGAGAAUAAAUCCAGAUAAUAGCGGUAAGGGCUACGAUGUCAAAUCAGAUGUUUGGAGUUUUGGUAUUACAAUGGUGGAGAUAGCAACAAACACCUACCCGUAUGAAAAAUGGCAUGACAUGUUUCAACAGCUCAGGCAAGUGGUACAAGGCGAAGCGCCCACACUACCCGAAGAUAGAUUCUCUGGAGAAAUCCGUGACUUCAUCAUCAAAUGUUUGAAAAAGGAGUGCACAGAACGGCCAUCAUAUACAAGAUUAUUAGAUCAUGAGUUCAUCAAGAAGCAUGUUGAAGUAGGAGACCAAGAUGUAGCUACCUUUAUAGCACCCAUCAUCGGUGAUGCCGAAACUCUACCUCAUUGAUAAUAACUCUCCAUCAAUUUUGUUAAAGCUGCAUUUUAGUUUUGAUUUGUUCUAGUCAUUGAUCAGUGUUGAAUUUUUUAAAAGGAAUUAUGUCAUCUUGAAAUCUGCGAUGUAACUACAUCUUCAUUGCAAUGGUGUUGUGGCAUUGUGGUUUGCAUCUGUGAUCCAGUUGCAUGGAAGUUACUAACCAAUUUUUAGGUGUAUGGUUAAAGUUAAAGGUUGAUCACAGAUGUAAAUAAUCAUAUGUGAUUGAUGCACCUGUAGAAACUCUGAUACACUCACGCAGGAAGAACGCAUGUCCCACCACGAAGGUGGAGCGAUGUGGUCAUCUGGUUGACCCAUGUCUUUGGAUCAAGCUCGCUUACCAUCCAGUUGACCACAGGUUCAUAAAUGCUGUGUUCAAAACCUUCCCCAGUUAUAAAAAUGUUUCUAUACAAAUUAUCACAUCAUGUUCAUUCGGGCCUUUACAGACAUGUUUUUCAAAUGGUUGCAUUAAUAAACUCAUCUUGAUAAUUGGAAGAGUGGAAGUGUAAAUUUCAUAACAGAUUCACAUUUUUCUCUCGUCCAGAAACUUGUUUCUGGCUCAAACCUGUUUUAGAUCACACAAAUUUGUGAGAUUCAAAAUAAUUACAAAAUAAAAAAAAACAUUUGUACCCUGAAACAUUUUUUGAAUCCUUAAUUCUACCCUGAUCUUGUUGUCAUGGAUAUUGAAACCGGUUUACACUGUUGGAAGUUAAGUUAUACAUUGCACACUUUCUCUACCUAAAACACAAAACAUAUAGAAUUAUGCUUAAUUUUAAUGGUCGAUUGCGUUAUAUGUAAUCAAUCGUUAAACAUUUAGGCUCUUUGGAAAUACAUUUCUACAUUGUAGACUUCUUUUUAUAAAUGAUACAUCUUAUUAUCAAAGUUUCUUUAAAACUCACUCUGCAUUGGAGGAAAUAGUGCCAAAUGAUGAAUGGAAAAUUGUAAAUGGGUGUGUUUUAGUUUGAAAAAUAGAAAAUGUUCAAUCAGUUUGUUCUCUUAUUCAAGAGGUUUCUUAACAUCAAAGCUACCAUAUUAUAGUGCCACAUGACAUUGUUUUCAUUAUUAUUGUAUAAAGAUUGUGUCAACAUCUUUGAAAACAACAUUGAUAUUAUUGGUUAGAUAUAUGAAGAUCUACAAGUUGGUAAAGGAUAAUGGCCAGUUUUUCAUGAUUUGAGAAUAAUGUUGUGCUUUAGCAAAAAGAAGCAACUUAAAUGUCUACCAAGUAAAAUAAAUGACGUGUUCAUAUUUUUAACCUAGCUUACUCUACUACUAAGCCCAAAAUGCAUGUAUAAAUUCAAUCCUGCUCAAUGUUAAAAAAACAGGGAAAAAAAAUCUACCUUAGUCUGACUGGCACCCAUUUUACUCCAUUAUUACUUCACUUAUGAAUUGUUCAAGCCAAGGUGGUAUAACUUUUACUUGCAAACUUUUAUAGGAACUAGAAAACAAUAAUUUCAGGAAUGCCUCUUAUAUAGGGAGUUUGACAUACAUUCAUGAUAGAAUUGCCCAUAAGUGAUAUUUUGGGCUAAACAUGAAUUUAUUGCAUUGAUGUCAUCGUUAAAUACCUGCUUUUAUGGAUAAAUUCACUUCCGUCAUCUAUUUCUUUCUGCCAAAGUAAGGCAUUAUUUCAACUUUGAAGACAAUUACCAUUGACUAGGAUGGAAGUAAGAAAUGAAAACAACUCUAGAUCAGUCAGCAUGUUGGUUUGAAGUGUUAUGUUUUAGUACAGUGUAAUAUAAGAAAAUAUUGACCUGUUUUGUGGGGACAAUUAUUUGCACGAGUUGAGUGCUUAGUUAAGUGCAAUGUGAUAUGAAUCAGUAUGGCUUCAGUGUAGAUAGGAUGGUCAUAAAUUGUGGUAUACUCUAAUUUUGCUACAAAAGAAGAAAGAAGAAAAAGGACUUGGGGGUGGGGGGAAUGGUUCCCUUAUGAGGUUUAAAGUCCACUUAACAACUUCUACAACAUCUUAUUAACCAAAAUGUGAAUCUGUUGUCAUGAACAUUGUUAGCCCAUGACUGGAUGGCUUGUAGCCAUUUUGCAUGUAUAUUUGUCCGGGACCGAAUGCUAAUACUAUAGGCACUAUGAAUUUGAAUACAGUAACUAUUCAUGGGUGACCAAUAGAGAUGGAACCAAGGCCGGCCCUGAGGCCACAUUUUGCCGGCCUUAGCCUGGCCUUAGGUCAAGUCAUGUGUACAAAGUCUAUGGGAGAAAUGUUAAUUUGCUGCCCUCUCUGACUCCAAACGACCAGCCUGGAAUCUAUUCAUUAUGACCAAAUGAAUACCUAAAGGCCACCACACACCUUCCGACUGGUCCACAAUCUGAUUUUGGAACAAUUUGCAUUUUGCUCAUUUUCUGAAAAUGUGACUUAAAGUAUCUUUUUAUUUGAGGUUCAAAUUAACUAAAAGAGUACUUAUAUUAUAUAACAAUUUUUCAGGAUUGCAAGCCUUUAUUCUGGAGUACAGGUCAUAUUGGUGUCAAAACGUAGCCAAACAUAUGAUUGCUGUGAUGUCAUUAUGACUGAAUAUAGAAUGUGCUUUUAUUGUAACAAGGAUGAUAGCAUAGUCUCAGAUUUGAACAUACUUAUUUGUAUGAUGAUUAAUCUUACAUGGUAAGAUACUACAUGUCUCAAUAUUACUACGUCUUAUUCCAAAAUCGAGUCUCAGACCAAGCGUAAGAUGUUUGAUGGCCUUUGCCGAAAUCGGUAAUUAGGUGACUAAGCAGAUAUUAUUGUAAAAGUACCUGUAAUAAUUUCUUUUUUUAAAUCAUGACAGUAAUAGGGCAAUGAUACAAUGUACCAUGGGAAUGUAUACAGAAAACAAAUGUGAUAAAAGAUAAUGAAUAUGUAAACUUUAAAUAGAUGUAAUUAAUUGCCCAAAUAGACCGGGGCCCUGUGAGGGUAAAAGUUCCAAUUAUUGCUAAAAACUUUGCCAUCCAGUGGUUGCUUGCCUGGAAUCCUUGAUUGUGAUUGGCUGUUGAUCAUCAUUAACGUGAGGCCCUUUUAGGAAAUGUAUUCAAAUUCAUGUACAUUGUAUGAGCAGAUCAUAAAAACAAACAAUUUUGUUAAAAAUACUUUUUUUAUGAAUGAGUCUAUAUGGUACUCAAGGACAAACUUUUAUUUGAAAGGUGCUUGUGAUAGUUUUAUAUUAUAUAUUUUGUUUGAAGUGGUCUCUCGCAGACUCUUUAUUCUGGAUCUGUCACACAUCUCACUUUUCUCAAUUCAUACUGGUGAAAAUGUGUUUUGUGUUUUAACCCAUUAAGCCCUAUGCUCAAGACAAAUCUGACUAAGGUCUAUGGAAACUUGUAACUGUCCUCAAAAUCAGAUAUUCAUUGAAUUAUUCUUCUGUGGAAAACAAGGGAGAUGUGCUAAAUAGAUAAUUUCAUUUUCUGACCCCUGUUCCCCUUUAACGGAUGUGUAUUUUUUGCAGCCAGUCAAUGCUAUGGUGAACCUAUUAUAACUAUGGUGCUGACAGUAGUUCAUGGAGACUUUGUUUGGGUAACAUUGUCAUUGGCCCUUCUUCAUCAAGCCUGUUUUCAACUUACAAGUAGCAGUUUAGCUCUUUAAAUCCCACCAUUUGACUCCUGGGAGCAUAUUUUUCAUUAUUAAAGAAUAAUUAGAACAUGUUUCAUGAGACUGACCCGUUGUCUUGUUUCAUUGAAAUGCAACAGACCAUCCUACUGUUUGUCUCUGGUAGGAGGACAGAUUUUUUAAUUACAUGUUUUAUGCUUCCUAGCACGGGGGUAUGUUUCACAAGAAGUUCAAACUUUGAACUGAGCCCUGAUUAUGUUCCAUUGCAAUGCAGUAGUUCAUCCGAUUAUUGUCUCUGGUAUGACUGAUUUUUAAUUAUAUGUUUUAUGCUUCCUAGAACUGGGGUAUGUUUCACAAAGAGCUAAAGUGACUAUAAAAAUUGCACUGAAUUUCCCAAAUGUGUGUGGUGAAUAAAGCAUCAACGCACUGUCAGGUCAUGCUCAGGCAAGGCCUGCGAAUCAUCCAUAAAGCAUGUGCGUAUAGGUAUUUUAGCAUGACUUCAAGUCACAGUCGACUCUUUGUGCAACAUCCCCCGUUUGUUCGUUCAAGGAUUGAUUUUAGAAUAUUAUAUGAUCCAAGGAUUGUGAAAAAUUAUGAGUUUGUGAAUUGUCAAGUAGGAUCAAAGAUGUAUAUAACAAGUAUAUUUUCUCACAAGAUGAAAUUAGAGACUACUUGAUUCUAUUUUAGGUUUUUCAUGACUCUUAUGUAGCAAUAAUGAUAAAAUGUGAUGAAAACCACCCAAUAUACCGAGGACUUAUUUAUAUGCAAGAAUUAUGAAGAUUUGUUUUGUACAUACAGUGGUCGGAGUCAUGAAAUUAAAUAAAAAUAUGAACUACAAAA